AUGCACUUGCCCCCUCUAGAUGUCGCGGUCUAUCCGGUCGUCACCAUGAGCCAUGGAAGACACGGCGGUAGAUCCGUCCGUCCUUCCUCAGCAGUUUCUUCCUCUUCUUCCUCAUCGACAUCCUCCCAACCUCGCGUCGCCUCUCCGGAUUUUUCGAGUAUCCAGAAGAUCAUUCGAAAUGUCUUUCGCUCGUCCAAGAUCACAGUACAGCAAGCAGAACGCCUUCAGGGACGCCUUUAUCAGGUUUACCUGGCAAGGCUCGCGGAUGGAAGUUCUCUGAUCUUGAAAUGCCCUCCAAACUACACCACGCGCUCGCUCCGUCACGAGAAGCACGGUCUCGAAACAGAGCGCAAGACGCUGGAGACGCUCCGCGAAUAUACUCAACUACCAGUCCCUCAAGUCAUCAAAUACGACAGCCACGGAGGAAGUUUUGGUUCCCCGUUCCUCCUGAUGAGCCACGUCCCCGGACGAAGACUUUCAGAGCUUUCCUCAUACCUCUCAGCGAGCGAGCGAAAUGCCAUUGAUCGCGCUCUCGGCGCAUACGUUCGCACCCUUUCAUCGCUUUCAGCCACGCAAUUUGGCAUGACACACCGAGUGUUCGCGAAGAAAGGUAGUUCCUCAUGGCGAGAGGCGUUCCUCGCGCUUCUAGAGUCCGUCCUGCGUGAUGCCGAGGACAUGCUCGUCACCGUUCCGUACGACAGCAUCCGGUACUACGUUGGACGACAUAGCCACUUUCUGGAUGAGGUCACUGAGCCCCGCUUAGUCGCGCUUAAUGUGUGCGACCCCCAGAACGUGCUCGUGGAUGAGGAGACGAAGCAAGUCACAGGCCUCAUAGGCUUCACCAACGUCAUCUGGGGCGAUGCACUCAUGAGCGGAGGGAUUACAGACGGGAGCGAAGCCUUCUUUGAGGGCUUUGGCGAAUGCCCCGCGCGGACGGGAGGCGUCAAAUCCCGACAGUUGAUAUACACCACAUACAGGGCGACAGUGCAAAUAGCUGCCCAGCACUACCGUCCGCAUCUUGGCAUCGACGAGCUCGAGGCACGGCGCUCGCUGACAUACGCCCUUAACGAGCUUGCGCAGAUGUGA